GAGAGGUUGGAUCUGGGGAUGGGAAGAUGCUACAGAAUAUUCCAGUGAGACAAUAAUAUUUGCCCCCACAAUCCGCCACCUUCUUCUCCUCCGCCCAAUCAUCUUCCUUCCUUUUCCAAUUUUAUUUUUUGAAAUCUGAUCGUUCGAUUUCAUUAUCCAUCGAAUCCCUUCCAUCCAUCCUUAUCCAAUUCCAUUCCCCCUUCCAAUUUUGCCCUAAACUAUGCUCUGAUUCACUGAUUCUGCUCCCCGCUCCCUUUUCCGCGUUCUUUCACUAUGGCCACUCAGCUUCAGCCUCAACUUCCUCCUCCGCCGGACCAAAACCAUCUCGAAAAACUCGACGUCUUCAAGAUCAAAGGCAGAGACAAACAAGGCCGCCGCAUUCUCCGCAUCACCGGAAAAUUCUUUCCAGCGCGGAUUGUGAGUUUGGAUGUGCUGAAAAAGCAUCUGGAGGAGAAGAUCUUCCCUAGGCUUAAGAACAAGCGUUUUACGAUCUUGUACUUUCAUACCGGCGUUCAAAGGAGCCAAAAUUUCCCCGGAAUCGCCGCCCUCCGAUCAAUCUAUGACGCAAUUCCGGCCGCCGUCAAGGCUAAUCUCGAAGCCGUGUAUUUCGUUCACCCAGACCUCCAAGCCAGGCUCUUCCUCGCCACUCUCGGCCGCAUUUUCUUCACCAGCGAGGUAUAUGGAAAGGUGAGGUACGUGAGUAGAAUUGAUCUGCUGUGGGAGCAUGUACGGAGGAACGAGAUCGAGGUUCCAGAAUUCAUAUACGAUCACGAUGAAGAUCUUGAGUACCGUCCGAUGAUGGACUAUGGUCUCGAGAGUGAUCAUCCUAGGGUCUACGGUGCACCCUCGGUGGAAUCCCAUGUCUACUCCAUGAGGUGCAUUUCAUAAUUUGCUUUUUCUUUUUUCUUUUUUUUUUUUUUUCCUGAAAAAAGGGCCUUUGUUUAAGUGAGUGUGUUUGGAUCUUUGGCCCUUUUUUUUGUUUUUUGUUUUAAGCACUAGACCAAGAAGUGCUUGUAUAUAUUUGUGGUUGUAUAAAACAAAGCUAUUGGUAUGCGUAACUGUAUAUAGCCUUUUAAUGAUAAAUAA